UUGAAUCCAACAAAACCCUUGAAAAUCACCACCAUAUCCGUGAUUCUUUUCUGUCCUUAUCCGUCUUCUCUCUCCCGCUUCCCUGUAAAUUCCUCUCUGAAUUAAUUUUUUGUUCUUCGAUUUCUUUUGGGACUAUUACCCAGUCCCUUUUUCAAUGAAAAGUAUUUCUUAUCUUUCACGAGAUGCAUUUCUGAUAGAUGUAGCUCGAAAUUGUCUGCGACACUUUUUUUUUUUUUUUUGUCUAUAUAUAUAGAGAUGUCGCAUGUGAUUCUGCGCUGAGUUCAAGCUUUUAACUAUCCAGCUUGAACUAUCUAACAGAUUUCUGGAAGUUCCAAUAUAAGUUCGAUGCUUGUUUGAUCACUCUGUUUAUUUAAGUUAUUCAAAUUGGGGUUGAUUUUAUUGACAGUAACUUUUUACUUGUUUGUUAGAGAUUUUUAUGGUUCAUGCUUUAAUUGUUUCUAAGUUUUGCCAUUUCAGUUCACGUUUUAAUUGCUUCAUGCUUCAUAGGAAUUAUGGUUUAGUUGGUUAUAUAUAGGCUAAUUUGCUACCAAUUUCAUAUAUGUUUUUCAAGUCCAGCUUUUGUCUUCUUCUAAUUUGCCCUAUCAGUCCCAUUUCUGCAAUUUUUUAAAGAUUAGUUAACAGAUUUCUCAGUUUCUGAGUCUGGGUUUUCCAAAUCUCAUCACUCUUCGAAUCGUUUUUCUUGAAUUUGAUCCUCUUUUUGGGUAGCAGAACCAUUUUUUAAUCUGGGUUUUUUUUUUUCAUAACAAUGAAAGGUUUCUUGCUGUUAAAACCAUUUGUUCUCUUCUUGCUAUUGCAUACUGUUGUGGCGAAGGAGUGUACGAACCAGUUUCCUCAGUCCCAUACUCUUCGAUACGAACUCUCCACUUCGAAAAACCAGACAUGGAAAGAAGAGGUGUUGGGUCACUACCACUUGACACCAACUGAUGAUUCGGCUUGGUCUGAUUUGCUGCCGAGAAAGAUGCUCAAGGAAGAAAACGAAGUGAGCUGGGCAAUGGAGUAUCGCAAAAUCAAAAAUCCCGGCGGGUUCCAAGCGCCCGGAAAUUUUCUUCAGGAGAUUUCAUUGCAUGAUGUCAGGUUGGAUCCCAUGUCGGUGCAGGGACGAGCACAGCAAACAAACUUGGAGUAUCUUUUGAUGUUGGAUCCUGAUAAUUUGGUAUGGAGUUUUAGGAAAACGGCUGGAUUGCCAACUCCAGGAACUCCUUAUGGAGGUUGGGAAGCCCCUGAUACUGAGCUCAGAGGUCAUUUUGUAGGCCAUUACUUAAGCGCAACAGCACAGAUGUGGGCUAGCACUCACAAUGAUACUCUCAAUAAGAAAAUGUCUGUAGUGGUGGCUGCUUUAUCAACCUGCCAGGAGAAGAUGGGAUCGGGAUAUCUUUCUGCUUUCUCCUCUGAGCUAUUUGAUCGUGUUGAAGCUCUUCAGUAUGUCUGGGCUCCAUACUAUACCGUUCAUAAGAUCUUUGCUGGUCUCUUAGAUCAGUAUAUCUUUGCUGGCAAUGAUCAUGCUUUAAAAAUGGCAACAUGGAUGGCUCAGUACUUUUACAACAGGGUUCAGCAUGUCAUAACGAAGUACAGUAUUGAACGACAUUGGCAAUCUCUUAACGAUGAAACUGGUGGAAUGAAUGAUGUUCUUUACAGAUUAUUCAGCUUAACGGGAGAUCCAAAGCAUUUAUUGUUGGCUCAUCUUUUCGACAAACCAUGCUUUCUAGGAUUGCUUGCAGUUCAGGCUGAUGAUAUAGCUGGCUUCCAUUCCAAUACCCACAUCCCUGUUGUUAUUGGAUCCCAAAUGCGUUAUGAAAUCACUGGAGAACCACUUUAUAAGGAAAUAAGCACAUUCUUCAUGGAAACUGUUAACUCUUCUCACAGUUAUGCAACAGGAGGGACAUCAUACAAUGAGUUCUGGAGAGAUCCAAAGCGAUUGGCAAGCACUCUUCAAACUGAAAAUGAAGAGUCGUGUACAACCUAUAACAUGUUAAAGGUUUCUCGGAACCUCUUUAGGUGGACAAAAGCAGCAGCAUAUGCAGACUACUAUGAACGUGCCUUGACAAACGGUGUGCUUGGCAUCCAGAGAGGAACAGAGCCUGGAAUAAUGAUUUACAUGCUACCACUAGGUCCUGGGUCUUCCAAGGGCAAGAGCUAUCAUGGAUGGGGGACAAAGUUUGAUUCCUUUUGGUGCUGCUAUGGUACAGGAAUUGAAUCGUUUUCAAAGUUGGGAGAUUCCUUAUAUUUUGAAGAGAAAGGAGAUAAUCCUAGUCUUUACAUCAUCCAGUAUGUAUCAAGCUCAGUUAAUUGGAAAUCAGGGCAAAUUUCCCUGAAUCAAAAAGUUGAUCCAGUUGUUUCUUGGGAUCCAUAUAUGCGAAUAACAAUCACAUUUUCUUCGGAAGAGGGGGUAGACAAAUCAUCUACCUUGAAUUUGCGGAUACCUAUUUGGACACAUCCGAAUGGUGCUGAAGCGAAAUUAAAUUCUGAAACUUUGCCUCUCCCACUUCCAGGUAGUUUCCUACCAGUUACUCAAAGCUGGAGUCCUAAUGACAAAUUAACACUGCAAUUACCUCUUAGCCUAAGAACUGAGGCCAUUAAAGAUGACCGCCCCGAAUAUGCUUCCUUCCAAGCAAUCCUUUAUGGUCCUUACCUUCUUGCGGGUUACAGUCAUGGCGAUUUGGACAUCAAAACUGGAUCGGUUAGUUCUCUUUCAGACUGGAUCACUCCCAUCCCCCAGCGCUACAAUGAGUACCUGGUUACCUUCUCCCAACAGUCUGGAAACUCUAAGUUUGUCUUGGCGAACUCGGACCAAUUGAUUAAAAUGGAGAAAUACCCUGAAUCCGGCACUGAUGCUGCUGUCGAUGCAACAUUUAGAGUCAUUUUGAGUGGACAAGCAUCAAACUUUUCAAGCCUAUCAGACUUAAUUGGCCAACAAGUCAUUCUUGAACCAUUUGAUUAUCCCGGGAAGGUUCUACUUCAAGAAUCAGACGGUGGGAUUUCAGUUGGUAACUCUCCUGCUGAAGAGGAUGCUUCCAGCUUCCUGUUAGUCACCGGAUUGGAUGGGAAAGAUGGAACAGUGUCAUUGGAAUCCCAAAGCCAAAAGGGUUGUUUUGUGUACAGUGGUGUGGACUAUGAGGCAGGUGCAGGCCUGAGUCUCAGGUGCAAAGACAAGAAGGGUGGAUUUAAUAACCAAGCAGCCAGUUUUGUAAUGAAGAAGGGACUAGUUGACUACCAUCCUAUCAGUUUUACUGCAAAAGGGGCCAAGAGGAGCUUUGUUUUGUCACCAUUAAUGAGCUUCAGAGAUGAAUCAUAUACUGUUUACUUCAGUAUUUACCAGUAACAUAUAAGUAUAUCUAGGGAUUCAAGUUUCAACAAGUCGAUUAUGCUAUUAUUAUAGUUUUUAUUUUUGAAAAUAUGUUAUUAAUCUAUUGGGUCUCUAUGAAAGCAAAUUGCUGAAGAGACGAUUGUUUUUGCUUUGCAA